UUUACAGUUAACGCCGUAGCCAUGUCAAUUCUGCGCCUUUUGCUGGCUUUGCUGCUGAUCUGCUCCACGCAGGCUGCCAAUCUGUCGCAGCUGGUCAAGAAGCAGACCCAGCCGAAGCAGCCGCAGUUGCCGCAAGCAUCGCAGCAGCAGCAGCAGGCAGCCGCAGCUGCGUAUGCGCAUGAGCCGGAGCUGCCAGCCGAGCAGCAGCAGCAGGACAUCAAGAGCGAAGAGGAGGAUGAUCCGUAUCAAAUGCUGCACGAGUUCAAGCAGGACUCGCGUUUGCCAGCCUCAGCAACGAACUAUGCUUGGAAUCCAUAUACAGCAGCCUCUGCCGCUGCCGCCGCUAAUUCUUUUGAGAGCAUGGCACCGCCUGCACCGGCUAUGCCCAUGCCCAAGAUGCUGCCCUUCAUUGGGUAUGCUCAGCCGCUGCUAAUACCCUUUCCGCUGUACAUAGCCCCGGACAUGUUCUAUCCCACCUAUCCGGGCGCCAGCAAUGAACUGGAGGAUGUGGUCAUGUCUCGUGCAGCCGGCGAUCGUCGUCCUCCCGCUGCUCAGGCAGCUCGUAACUCGCCCAUUUACUAUGUGCGCCUGCCGCCCACGCCGUACAUGUUUGUGCCCACCAACCUGGCACCGGCUCCGUUUACCAACAGCUUCUCGCCCCUGCUCACCUACCAGCCCAUGCCCACGUUCUCCACCUUUGGCUCCGUCUUCAAUCUGCCCGUCAACUUUCUGGCCAAUGGCAAACCGUCCGGCAUUUAUCAGAUGAAUGGCGCAGCCAACGAACUGGCCUCAUUUGCACCUGGAUAUGGCAGCAGCUUCAAUGUGCGCCCGCCCACGCCCACUAAUCCGUACAGGCCAGUUGCAGCCGCCAACUACGGCCAUGCAGCCCCGCAGCAAAGCUUCGGCCUGGCCUCGCUGCCAGCUCCGCAGCAGGACUCCAAGCUGACGUCCCUGAAGCGCCCCUUUCUGUUCAACGGCCGCCCCGAGGACAUCUAUAUACUGCCCAACAAUCUGAACUCGCUGUACAACUACAACGAGCAGAACUACUACUGACAUUGCGUGGGCGUGGCAGCAACUAAAAGUAUUACUAAAUGCACUUCAAACUAAUUAACAAUAAA